UAGCUGGACAAUUCUGGGCCACUUGGCGUACAAUGUUUUUUUCUUAUUAUCACACACUGACCACUGACAUGUCUGACCAACAAUUCGUUCUCAGAUGGCAUUACCACGAAAAUACGUUGGUUCACAAUUUCCCGUGUUUUUUGGAUGGAGAUAUUCUGACGGAUGUCACUCUCUCGGUUGGAAGCCACCAUGUUAAGGCACAUAAAAUUAUUCUGGCCAUGUGUAGUGUAUAUUUUCUUCAAUUGUUCCAGGAGAUGAAAUCAGCACAUCCAGUAGUAAUUUUACAUGAUGUUAGUUUCGAUGAAUUGAAAGCAAUAUUGUCUUUUAUGUAUAGAGGUCAGUGUGUGGUUGCGCAGGACCAAUUACCAAGUUUACUUUCCGUUGCCAAACUUUUGAAAAUUCAAGGACUUUGUGAUAUGAAGGUACCUAAUAAUCGACUACGAAGUGAGAUUAUAUCAAACGACCAGUUUCUACCAGUGACUAACAAAGUCAACGACGAAAAUUAUCAUGGGCACGAUAAUGACAACAAAUUACAAGAUUCAAAUCUAACUGAAAAUAAUAAUUACAAAAGACAUUGUCCUCAAAGGCAAGAAUAUAGUGAUAUUCGUAAUCACAAACCGUCUAACUACUACGAUGACAAUGUUAUACCAAUGAUAAAAGAUUCCAUCGAACCCAUUCCCAUGAAAGUUAGCGACUCUUACUUAUUUCCUCGAAAACAUUCUUCCAAGGAUUCAUCAGAAACUUGCAAGUGCUUUCUUUGUGGAAAGUAUCUGAGUAAUCAAUACAAUCUUCGGGUGCAUAUGGAAACGCACGAAGAAGCAUAUCAUGCCUGUCAAUCUUGCCCACACGUAUCUAGGAGUAGAGAUGCUCUGCGGAAACAUGUUUCAUAUCGUCACCCUGAAGAGUAUUACAAUAAAAAAAGGAAGAAAAUCGAUACAUGAUAUUUUUAUUCAAAUUAUUAAAAUUGUACUUAGAA